GGCUUCGUAGUAGGAGGGGCUCCGGUGGUUCGACAUCACCUCACCCGGCGUGAACGACGGCGGCUAAGCUAGAUGGUACUUCGACUCGGCAGCUAACGUUGGGGCUUUGCAUUUCCUUCCAGAGGGGAUAUAUAUUUAUCUCGCCGUUGAGCCAGACUGCGCCGCCAUGGCUCUUUACGAAUAUGUCACUCAGGAGCAGCUCGCGGGCUUCGACAAAUACAAGUACAGCGCGGUGGACUCAAACCCCCUGUCUGUCUACGUCAUGCAUCCUUUCUGGAACUUUGUGGUAAAGUUUCUGCCGACAUGGUUGGCUCCAAACCUUAUUACAUUUACAGGUUUUAUGUUCCUCGUGUUGAACUUCCUCAUGUUGGCCUUUUACGACUUUGACUUUCAUGCCUCUGCUGCAGGACAUGAUCAUGUGCCUAGUUGGGUCUGGGUUGCUGCAGGGAUCUUCAACUUCUUAGCUUACACACUCGAUGGCGUCGAUGGUAAACAGGCUCGCCGCACCAACUCCUCCACACCACUAGGGGAGCUGUUUGACCACGGUCUGGACAGCUGGGCCUGCAUCUUCUUCGUCGCCACCGUGUACUCCAUAUUUGGGCGCGGGGAGAGCGGCGUGGGCGUGGUCACGCUGUAUUACAUCCUGUGGGUGGUGCUGUUCUCCUUCAUUCUGUCUCACUGGGAGAAAUACAACACUGGCAUCUUGUUCCUGCCCUGGGGAUACGACAUCAGCCAAGUGACCAUCUCCCUGGUUUACUUGGUCACUUCUGUGGUUGGUGUUGAAAAGUGGUACCAGCCGGUCCUGUGGCAUCUCCUCUACAGAGACCUCUUCACCUUUAUGAUCAUAGCUUGUUCCUUCACUGUGACCUUACCCAUGAGCCUGUACAAUGUCCUGAAGGCUCACCGGAGUAACACUCUGAAGCACAGCAGCCUGUACGAAGCGUUCCUGCCUUUCCUGUCUCCCUUCCUCCUCUUCAUCUUAUCCACCGCCUGGGUGGUUUUCUCUCCAUCCAACAUCCUUGAGCAGCAGCCGAGGAUCUUCUACCUCAUGGUGGGGACGGCCUUCGCCAACGUCACGUGUAAGCUGAUUGUGUGUCAGAUGAGUAACACACGUUGCCAGCCGCUGAGCUGGCUGCUGCUGCCCAUGGCGGCGGUCGUGUUGUUCGCUGUGACCGGAAUCGUGGCCAGCGAGACUCAGCUGCUUUACCUGUGGACGGCUGCUGUCAUACUAGCACACAUACACUACGGAGUAUCAGUGGUACAGCAGCUCAGCAGUCACUUCAACAUCUUCGCCUUCUCCCUCAAGAAGCCCAGUAGUGACUGACAGGAGGAGGAACGAAUCGGCUUGAAAGGAGCAGAGGUUUAGGCUUUGCCCCUCCUCGGCUUACCGACACUUCACUUCCAUCACCACGGAAACCGCAUCCCCUCCCCUCCAUCUGCGAGGACACUGCAAAUGGAAAGGAGGACUGUGGCCCUCUUUUUCCAUUGUUUCCAAAAACACACACACACACACACACACAACAAACACAACAUACACAAUCACACACAUAUCCUCCAACCAACCAACCGAACUCUGGUCUCGGCGAUGGGGCGGGUCCAGGGGCUCUGGCUUCCGUCAUUGGUGAUUGGCUAACUUGGUUGAGCCAAUGAGGUGCAAUUGUUUCCUACGGAAAUGUGCUUCAGUCAAGAGGACAGGAGCCCAGACGAGCCAUGCAAAGACGAACACUCACAUGCACGUUUGUACUUCUGUCUUUGUGAGAACCCUUACUGACACGCCCUACCUGUUAUCCUAACCAUUACCUCCAUGCCUAACCCCUAAGUACACCUAAUUUCAACCAAGUCUUGACCCUCUAACGGCCCGUCUGGUUAGAUCUGUCCCAAAGCGAGGACCUGCCACUCCCAAGGUCUAUAACUCACAUCGGUCCUCACAAAGAUAGACACACAAGCUAAUACAUGCACACACGUAUUAUUCUGCUUUAACGCAGAUCAUUUCUAUUUGGUGGCAGGUAUUUCAGUACAAACACAGCUAUGUACACGAACACGCAGUCGUACUCACAUAGUAUUAUGAAUGUAUAAUAUGCCUUGGGGAAACGCCAUUUCAGUUUAAUUCUAUUAACAGGAAUGCCUCAAGUAGUGUGUUGUUGCAAACUUGACCAAACCUCAGAACUCUGGCAGCUGUGUUCAGUGUUUAAAGGUUCCGUCACUUUUUUUUAUUAUUAUUGGAUGAUUUACAGUUGGAAAUCUCUGUGAUAUAUGUUAAUAGCUAUAUAUAUAGUGUAUGUUUUAAGGGGUUUGGGGCAUUUUAUUUUCAAACUGAAAACAAUUUCCUCCUGUGAAACAUUGUAUAAAUUUCCCGUUAAUUAAUUCCGCGUUCUGCUCUGUGCUGACGCAGAAACAUGAACUAACCAGGGCAAGAAUUGACCAGGGUGACCUCAACUAACUUUCCACUUUGACUUCUGUCUGAGCUCUGACCUCCCGGUUCUCCCUUCCUUCUGAGGUGUCGUGUCUUCACGCUGAUUCGUUCUUUUUUUAUAGGUUUAUUUUUUUAUAUAUAGAUACACGUCUUCAGGGUUUUUUUUUCCCUGUUUGUCUGCUGCCAUGGCAACGGUGUGUGGUUAAGUUGCGCAGCGCUUGAAUGAAGAGUGCGUCCAAAAACCGUCACUGGAGCGGACUCACUCUGAGGGAACAAGCCGGGACACCGCAAACGCUACACCACCGCCGGGCGUCGUGCUCUCCUGCUCCUACAGAUAUUAUCACACCUUUUAUACUGUUUAUCAUGUAACUUGUCUCGCUGCUUUUUUUCGGUUGGGUAAACACUGUUCCUCUGGGAGAUUCAAACUUUGUGUCCAAGGCGAAGGGCAUUCAGUUGUGGCUGCAUGACUUUGGUUUCUCAUUGAACUGGUUUUCAAAGCAAGGCCAAAAAAGACAAGACAGGCCUUAUUUGUGUUACCUCUCAUUUCAAAAGACAAAUGUGACAUCCGUGUGGCUGCAGUUUUGUGGAAGUACGUUUGCUUGUGUGUAACCUUGACCCAUUCGACUCCCUUUUUUGGCCUUGUUGAAAACUGACCAGUAUUGUUUAUCUGAGCACAAUUUUGUGCUUCAGUUCAUACUAAGAGAUUUUCAUGACCACAGGCUGUAUAGAAAAGAUGGACGUAGCCACCUGGAUGUCACCAACUAGUGAAUUCAGGGGGUUAUAAAGUGAAACUAAAGUGAAAAAAAAACUGCACUUCCUCAAAUGACCACUUGAGGCUGGCUCUCAGCAGAGUAAUCCCCACAGACCUCUAUGUUAAAAUGUCCACUUUUACAGUAGAAACAGACACGGUUACAGGCUGGUAAAAAGAACAAUUUUGGUCUCUGUGUCUAAUAAACCUAUAGGUAAGAUGAACUUUUUGUGUAAGUGCAUGACCACUCCACAGCUCCACCUCUCUGCUAUGAUUAGCCAAGAUGGCAAUGAGUGGAGCCACACUGAACUUUAAAAACUGCUGUUCAGGAAAGCUGUGGGUGAUGUCAUGAUGGGUUAGGUCAUCUUUAUAUGCAAUCUAUAGAUCACUGGUUUCUAGACUACAGCUUUUAAUCCUCGAGUUUGAAAUUUGGCCAUCGCCAUCAAGGUCUUUUGAAAAAUGAUACGCCCAUAGAAAACACUCAAUCGCUGUAAAACAAACUCUCCCUUAUUAUCUAAUUACCUCCAAAUGGGACCAUAAUGUACAAAAAGAACAUUAUGGUGUGUUUAAGGAGACAUAAAAGUAGUGGUCAAGACCAUAAACCCAUUAGGAAAAUGUUUUAUAAGGAAGCAAGUCAAGUGAGAAGUAGCCUGAUUUUCUCCUAGAUGUCUAUAUUUCCCAACCAGAGGAGUCUCCCCCUGCUGGCCUUUAGAAAGAAUACAUGUUUCAAGCACUUUUACAUUGUCUUUACAUCCAUCUUUUAUGUACAGUCUGUGGUCAUGACCAAGGGAAUCUAUUUUAAUUCAUUUUCAAACCCAAAAUCCUCAACCUGCCAUGCUAUGCCUCACUUUCAUCACAUAGGUAGAUCCAGUCAGCUGUAAACAAUCAGUAAUGUCUGGAUCUUAGUGAUUACGAAGGAAAAAAAACAAACCACAAUAUCAGCUGUUAAACCAUGCUCUUGCCUUGGGAAUGGUCGUUUCUGUCUGCCGGUUAUCUGACUGAAUAAAAAUGUCCGGUCACAGUAGGAAUCAUCUCAUAUACAGCAGAUUGUGGGGAUAAUUGAUUAAAGAGAACAUAGGAAAUAUAUACGUUACUUUUGCUUUUUACCACUUGUCCAGAUGUUUUGUAUAUAAACCGUUAUGAGCAGCACUGAACAUUUAGACCACAGGCACAAGCUUGUAGCGUCCCUGUAUGUGUGAGAGGAACAAAACAUCUGUAACUGCCAUGAUACCCAGCUAGAUAGCCCACUGUGGUUUGCAAAUAGGGAAAACUUGUAUGCAGGCAUAAGCACAUUAUAGUUUCUUUUUUUUCUUUCUUUUUUUGAAAUCUGACUGUAGAUUGUAGUGAUGUGGCAACAGCUGUGACUGAGAUUUUGCCACCAAAAAAACGGUUGUUUCUGGUGGGUUUAUGCACUGUCUGGGUAUGUACAGCUCCAUGUGUUCACGUAUGGCUGUAUGUAUGUGUGAAUAUCUGUGUAAAUACAUAUUCUUUCUUUUUAUUUUUUAAAACUACAAAUGGGAUUGUUGGCAGAUUUCUCCUCACAUGGGGCUUCAUGACCGGAGGCCUAUCAGCAGUGAAAAUGACAGAACCGUCUACGUCAGGUUUUUCUCUACAGUUUAAGGGGAUUUUUAAUUUUUGGCUGAUUGGAUCUUCUCUAGGUUUUUUUCUCUUGAGAGUGUUUGAAAAGAAAUACUGAGCUCUGGAUGUGAAGACCUCCACUCCAGGCUGCAAACACUACAAACUAAAACAAGGAAUUUUAUGUUUGCCGGUAGAGAAAAAUGGUGCCAUUUAGUGAAACAAAAUCUCUGUCAAGCAGCUGGCAGAUCUAUUCCUUUAGUUUCAUUUUCCUGUUUUCUUUUGUUCUGGGCAUUUUCUCGUAGUGUUCCUCAGCUUCACUCACCACUUUGAAGGAAGAACAGUCUUAAUUCCUGCCCUAGAUCAAUGAACUAAGCUGUUGUGUAACGCUGCUCUGGCGAACACUCCAGGGCUUCAGUGUGGCUAUUUGUGAUGUUGUAUUUAACCAGUGAAAGAAAGGACUGUCCAGAAACAAAUAAAAGAGAAUUUUCUUUAA